AUGGUUUGGCAUUCUGAAAAGAGACCACGAGAUGGGGUUCUACGUCAUCCAGCCGAUUCUCUUGCUUGGAAAGAAUUAGACAAAAUUGACAAUAAUUUUGGCUCUGAUGGUCGAAAUGUUCGUUUGGGUCUAGCCAGUGACGGAUUCAACCCUUUCGGCCCUAAAAGUCCCGGAAAUGACAUAGAUGUGUAUCUACAGCCUUUGAUAGAUGAAUUGAAAAUGCUAUGGGCAGAAGGGGUUCCUACAUAUGACGCGUUUAAAAAAGAGGUUUUUCAGAUGAGAGUUGCAUUAUUGUGGAGUCCAUAUUGCCUACAUCAGUAUCUUUCUAACUCUUUGUAUCUUUGUUACCUCUCUGUUUUACCUGCCCACCUUCUUGUGUAUCUACUACAUAUUUUAAAUAUACAAUCUGUUGCACAGGAAAUUUCUCAUGGUAAAGAGCCAGAUAGGUGGGAGCUAUUUAAAUUAACACAUCAAAGGAAAGGGUCCCAAGAACCGAUCGAUGUGGCAUCUGCAAAGCCAAUUGCGGAUUUUGAAGAGGCUGAACAAAAGAGGCUAAGCAUGAAUGUUGACAUCACUGCUCCAGAAAUCCGUGAAGAAAUGUAUGCUGAAGUUCUUGGUAAGGAGAAGGGGAACAGAGUGAGGGGUGUUGGAGCAGGCGUUACUUGGGAUGAAGUCCCUGGAAUCCAUGUUGAAGAGCGAGGAGUAUCAAGAGAAGUGAAACAGUUGCGAGAGCAAUUGGAAGAGCAAGCGAAAAAGGCACAAGAGAAAGAAGCACACAUGAUGGAGGAACUACAAAGCAAAAUGGUUGAGCAAACAAAACGGAUGGAACAAAUGUUUGAAGUGAGGUGCGUAGAGAUGGCACUCCAAAAAAGGGGAGAGAUGUUUAAACAAUGCGGAAUAUCAGUGGAUACACAAGAAGAUGUCAUGCAAAUGAUGUCUCAGUUUGCUCGUGACACGUCUCAAAGGCCAUCGACUGUUGCUUUUUCACCAGAUGAUGAUGUCUACCGUCCCACAAUGCCAUUUGAUUGCCCCAAUAUGCAAAUUGAUUAA